AGGUCCUUAUGGAAGAUUUAUUUCACUGACAAACAUCAAAUGUAUUUGAUCAGUUUGAUCUAGUACCCAGUAGAAAACUGUAAUGACAUUGAUAUCAACCCUGAUUUUCAUGUAAAUUUUCAUUUUCCAUUUUUACCUCCACAAAGGAUUCGGUGAAUUUAGAAAUUGUGAACAAAAAAUAUAGGACACCAUUGCUUGAAGCUGUCUCGGACGGUCACCUCGGAAUAAUGCAGCGGCUGAUAGCCAGGGGCACGAAUGUAAAUGUUGUUGAACAUGGAGGAAAUAAUUGCCUGCAUCUGGCGUUAAAAAGAGAAAACAACUUUCAUUCUGAGGUGGAGCACAUGACCAUGUUAGAUCAGUUCUGCGUAGAGCUGAAACUGGGAAAUGAAGAAAGGUGCUCUGGUGUGGUAGUUGCCAGCUACCUAGCCCACCACGGGGCCAACUUUUACUGUAAAAACAAAAGUGGUAGAACACCAUUGGACCUAAUAGAAAAGGAAAAUUUAAAAAAGACGUUAAAUAUGUUAUUCCCACCAACGCAAUGUGUGUUUUGUGAAGACGAAGUGGCCACAGAGACGUUCUUUCCAUGUAAACAUCUUUCGCUGUGUAAGAAAUGCUGUCCCCCAAAGAUACCUAAACGAUGCCCUAUGUGUAGACAGAAUAUAACGAGCAAAAAUAGUUUGGAGGGUCCAAAGUCGUCAAAACCGGAAGUCCAGAUGUUGGCAGAACCACCUGUCAUUUCAGAUAUUCUGACACGAAGUAUAUUUCAAAGAGCCAGUAUCAGUCACCGUUUAAGUUUACCUUCUGGAGAAGAUGAAUCAGAGGAAGAUAUCAUUUCAGAACAUUCAACAGCAAGUAUAGUACCCGGAGCCAGUACCGAUUCCGGUUUACAAUCAUCUUCUGGAGUAGAUGAAUCAGAGGAAGGAUAUUAUGGAAGAGAUUUUGCCAAAAGGACCCAACUCAGUUCAAAACAAUAUGAACAUUCAACAGGAAGUAUGGUAUCGGGAGCCAGUACCGAUUCCGGUUUUAAAUCGUAUUCUGGAGUAGACCAAUCAGAGAAUGAUUUGUUUCCCAAAUCUCAGAACAAGCAG